CCCAGUGUAACAAAAAUGAAUUUUCAAUUUAUCUUGGUACUAUUUCUUACCGUAACGGUACUUGGCAAACACCACAACAAAAAACACCAAAAGCAUAAUAAAGUGUUGUUGGAUGAAAGCCAGCAAAAAUGCGAAAUACUGUGCAACAUAAAACCUAUUCCGAUAUCCGGACAACCACAAAAUCCACUACCUCAAAAUCCACCACCACAAAACCCACCACCACAAAAUCCACCACCGCAAAAUCCAGCAACAACACCACAUAAUCCAUCAACGACGACUACAACAACAGUUGCGCCUUCGAAAAAUGCCACAGCAACCAACGUCACCACUGGGAACACAACAGCUGGUGCACUGAAGGUGAAUUUCGUCAGCGCCAGAAAACUGAAGGCGCUCUCCAAAAGGUUCCACAAGUUGACCGAUAGAAAACAUCACGAGAGGGAUUUCCCGCCCAACUGUCAGGUUUAUUGUUUGGUUCCGGUGGCACAGGGCCCCGUAACUGGGUUACACCCGUCUCUACAACCACAAGAAACCAGCAACGGGUCUAGCACUGGAGGUGAGGGCGGAGACGAAGGUGAAGAGGAAGGAGACGAUGAAGGCGACGACGAGGAGGACGACGAAGGAGGCGACAGCGAACCGGAAACCAAAAACGUUGAAUACGACGAAGAUAAUUAUGUGCCAGGUGAGGAUACGGCGAUUGAAGCUACAGUUUCGGUACCACAGCAAAAGUUGGUCGGAUUCGAAGACUUUGGGCCGGAUGGUAAUCCAUCUGGUGAACCUCUUUUAUGGUCCAGACAUCACGGACACGGCUCGAAGGCCAGGAAAACGCACGAAAACAAACACGGAAAGGGUUACAAGGUUAAAAAGAGUAAGAAAGCAAAGGAGGGUGAUAAAUUAAGGCACCACGUGCAGAAAAAGUUACACCAAAAGGGUAAAACACACCACCAAGAGUAAUUGUAAAUGUGGAAAAAAUAAAAUUGAUUUGAAACGCA